GUGAGGGAGAAAGAGAGAGGGAGAGAGAGGAGAUUAGAAAAAAACUGCUUAGUUGAGCAGUAAUAACACAGCGUAGCGAUUUCAUCUUCCCUGAACGUGAUCUUCAACAACUGUGAGCGCUCAAAUGCCUGUUGCCAGGUUACCGGCCGAUACUGUGAAAAGCGGGAUUGUGUACGCGAGCGGCAUGGGGAAGCGCCAUUGACUCGCGCCCGUCUCUAAAUAAUGAAUCACUGAUGCGUCCAGAGCCGGGCAAAGGCGAUGAAUAGGAGAGCGUGAUCGGGAUCGAAACCGCAGCGUCCGAGGAGUCGCCCUGGGGGGCUUCUGGUAAAAGGGGUGGGGGGUUUUGGCCAUGCAGCUCCAGUCUGCGACGCAUUGCAAGUUGUCUGGCUUCAUCCUGGGUGAAAAAUGCUCGGCAUCUUCAAAAAUGGAAGCGCACCGUGAGCAGAGCAUAUGUCAGGCGCGGGCUGCUGUCAUGGUGUACGACGACGCCAACAAGAAAUGGGUUCCGGCUGGUGGUUCCACAGGUUUCAGCAGAGUCCACAUCUAUCACCAUACCGGCAACAACGCCUUCCGGGUGGUGGGCCGUAAAAUUCAGGACCACCAAGUGGUGAUAAACUGUGCCAUUCCCAAGGGGCUGAAAUAUAACCAGGCCACGCAGACCUUCCACCAGUGGCGCGACGCCCGGCAGGUGUACGGCCUUAACUUCGGCAGCAAGGAGGACGCUAAUGUGUUUGCCAGUGCCAUGAUGCACGCCCUGGAGGUGCUGAACUCUCAGGAUGCAGGUCCCACGUUGCCAAGACAGAACCCUCAGGUGCAGAAUGGCCCUUCGCCAGAGGAGCUGGAAAUGCAAAGAAGGCAGCUGCAGGAGCUGCAGCGUCAGAAGGAGUUGGAGCGCGAGCGGCUGGAGCGUGAGCGUCAAGAGCGAGAGCGGUUGGAGCGCGAACGACAGGAGCGCAUGGAGAGAGAGAUGCUGGAACGCGAGCGCUUGGACCGUGAGCGCCAGGAACGUGAGCGGCUGGAACGGGAGCGUGCUGAGCAGGAGCGAGUGGAGCGCGAGCGGCAGGAACAGGAGCAGCUGGAGCGCGAGCGCAGCGAACGGGAGCUGCUGGAGCGUGAGCGAGCGGAGAGGGAGAAGCAAGAGAGGGAUCACCAGGAGCAGCUGGAGAGAGAGCAGAUGGACUGGGAGAGAGGGCGACGCAUCUCCAACGCUGCAUUUGAAAGCACACUCCACACCCCUCCACCUCCUGACUACAAGACCACCACCACCUCCUCUUCCUCCUCACCGGUUUCCCCCUCUACACCCAACUACCCUCCACCCUCUACGUCACCAUCCAUAGCCACACCCCCAACCCCUCCCCUCCGCCACUCUGCCUCCCGAUUUGCCACCUCCCUGGGCUCCGCCUUCCACCCAGUGCUGCCCCACUACGCCACCGUCCCCCGACGACAGCCGGCCCCACCCCCUGCUCCGGCUCCUCCUCCAGUCCCUGCGUCCAAACCGUUCUUCUGCCCAGCCAACUUCACCCCCUUGCCACCCUCUCCUCCAGUCAUGAUUAGCAGCCCACCUGGAAAGGCCACAGGCCCACGACCAGUCAUCGCCAUCCCAGCCACUAGCCCGCUCUGUCAAAAACCACCUUCACCCACAGGGCUCCCAGGCCCCGCCCACUUCCACACAUCUUGUUCCUCCUCCCCAGUCUCAUGCCAGCCUCUUCCCUCACCUCCAACUCCACCCCCUCCUCCACCUCCACCUUUGCCCCCCUUUUCCCUGUCUCAGUCGCCCACCAUCGCCCCCUUCGUGUCCUGUCCCUCACCCCAGCCUCCUGUUUUCCCUUCUCCUUCCACAGCCUCCCCCGUCUCAGCCGAGCACUAUGUAAACUCUGUGCUGGGAUACCCCUCUGCUCCAGAGCCAGCCUAUCAGCCUGCUGCUGACCCCCCCAGCCAGCCGGAUGCAGCACAGGGCCUGCCCACCCCACCUCCCGCACCACCCCUUCCACCCGGCUCCACUGUGACCCCCACUUCUGCCGGUCCCCCGCCCCCUCCCGGUCCACCUCCCCCUCCUCCUCCUCCACUCCCUACCGCACUCACUCCUACAGGACCUCCUCCUCCUCCCGGGCCACCGCCUCCCCCCUCAGGCCAGGCCCCUCCUCCUGCACCACCUCCUCCUCCGGCACCACCUCUACCCUCUGGACUCCUCACUCCUUCACCUACCACUGACGAGAACAAACACCUGUCUGGCCUCGCGGCAGCCCUCGCUGGAGCCAAGCUACGGAAAGUGCCAAGGAAUGAGGAGCCCGCUAGCACGACUGCUGCAAAUGCGGUGGCCCCCGGAGCUGCUAAGCCGGAACCUGCCCGUGGGAAUGGCCCUCUGUCAGGAGGAGGAGGACUCAUGGAGGAGAUGAGUGCCCUGCUGGCCAGGAGAAGAAGAAUUGCAGAAAAGGGAUCAUCACCGGAGCCUGAACAGAAAACAGAUGAAAUUGAAAUGACCACAACUCCAAAAGUGUCAGCCUGUAGCACACCAGAUAUGCCCAGAAAGCCUUGGGAGAGAACAAACACCAUGAAUGGUAGCAAAUCACCAGUUAUUGGAAGACGGGACGUGCCGUGGAGAAAUCAGAUGAGUACUGACAAGUACUAUGAUUCCUUAAACAGACCAAGGUCUACACCCACUCCUACUGGAUCCCUAAGUGCCAAUGGAGUGCCAACAGAAGCUCUUGACUAUGACAGAUUGAAACAGGACAUUCUGGAGGAGAUGAGGAAAGAACUAUCAAAGUUGAAAGAAGAACUUAUUGAUGCAAUUAGGGAGGAGUUGGGCAAGUCCAACUCUGCGUAAAGAUUGCAACAUCCCUGCAUUUUCCAACCAUGGCCCAUAACUCGAGGCCAGCUCCAAGUUCUGACACUUAAAAGCAACAAAAAUGGAAAUUUUACAAAAGAGUUUAAAACCAGUGGCAAUCACAAUAACCAUAUUAAUUAUGAGGAAGCGAUUUGAAGGCAAUGCCGUUUGGGGCAAACGGACACACAGCAUGAGCGCGUGAGAGAACGGGAGGUGUGUGACUGUAGGCUGGGGACAACUCCUGUAUUUCUCACUGAUGCUCCACCCACUUGGCAGGAUGCUGACUUUAAGAGAAAUGACUGUCAAUAUGCAAUGGAUGACUAUAUUAGAACAACAGGAGAAAUCGCAAAGUGGGAGAAGAAAAAAAAAAAGAACACAAACUAUUACUGAACUACAUACUGUAUUAACCAUUGAAGAGUGACGCUGUAUAUCCAGCAGAUGACAUUCAUUCUUUGGCACAUUGCUUAGCAAAGGGCAGGCUUAUUUGAUCAGAUGGCACUGACAGGAGUCGGUAGAGUGAAGUAGGGCUUAGGUUUGCCUUGCACAGUUGAGAAAGAAAUGUUAGCAUCAGGCCAAACAACUUGACUGAAGGACUGGGUAGAGUUAAUUGCUGCAGGACUUUGUAAAGCUUGUCUUCCUGAUACUAUUUUAACCUGAAGAUGUACAAUAAAGACAAAAAAGAUACCUGCAACUCAUCUAAUUAUGUUUGAUCUAAUGUACGCCAUGGCCAUAUCGAGUAGCUUAGUCGUGUAAUCUUGGGAUGAAGUCUCAGUCAGUUAUUUUUUUUUGUUUUCUUGUUUUGAUUUGAUUUGAUUUUUUUUUUCGCCCCAAAGUCAGUUACCUGGAUACCUUUUUCUUUUUGUAGGCAAAUGCUCAAAAUCCUGUCUUUUAUGAGCCACUGUACUAUGUAUAUUUUCUCUGUCGUAUGUUUGCGAGCCGUUUGAGAAGAUCAGGUGGGACAAUGCCUUUCUACUGUAAUUCAUUGUAGCUCUUUACCAAAAUCCACUCAGUCUAAAUAAUGGUUAACGCCAAUAUCAACAAGACCGCAUCUGUAGAUAGUGCUAUUGAGAACUACUUUUUCAUUGCAGACUUUUCUCUUAUUUCUUUGAUUUUAGUGCAUGUCUUGUUCUGAAUGAAAUGGGAAACAUUGCUGCCACGAAAAAUAAAUUGACUAUUCUUUUCAGUUUAUAAGCAAUAAGUGUAGCACUGACACUCCGUUUCCCCAGGUGUUUCCCUGUUGUAAUCACCCACUCUACCCUUAGUCUGUGGAUGAGUGAUUAUUUUCACACUGCAUACACUUUUUUCCCCUUUCUUUUUCUUAAAUUGCUGGGUUCCGUUUUUGACAGACAUCUCUCUUUAUAGCCAUAAUUAAAUUAUAGAGGUACAUCAUUAUGCUCAGCAGUCUCUUGUAAUGUGUUUUUAUUUUCAAAAUCAAGGGUGCAAAACAUCUUGGACUGUAAAUUACUGUGUUCUUUUAUUGAACUUUCACCAAUGCUAGACAAGAUCAGAACAAAUUAAUGAGGGAUAUAGAAGUGAGAUAUUUACAGAAAGCAUUGUGCCAUGUAGAGUGCUUGUUUUUCCUCAGUGUUGCUUUUUUUUUGGUUUUCCACAUUUGCCCUUUUGAUUUUCUUAGAACAGUUUUUAUGGAAAGCUCUUUAAAGCCUAAAAGCUGUAUGCACAAUCAUUGAUGGGGAAAACAGUUGAACGUGAUUAUGAUCAUGGUAAGGUAUUUGUGAGCUUGAAAGUUGGCAUUUUUCUCUAAGCAGGUUUUUAUUUCUUCAUGGUGACUACAGUUUGGUUACCAAUCUAUCACCUGAAAGCCCUUCAUACAGCCUAAUGGAAAUAAAUCUCUUUUUACUCAUUCUCCGUCAUCCAACAUAAACUCUCAAGGAAUCAGAAAGCUUGUAUAGAGUGUUUACAGCAUUGAUUGCACUUUAAAACUCCAUAGAAAUUCAAAUCGCAACACUACUGCUGGCAAGCUGACGCCAUCACCUUUGUGUGCGUGGCAAUCUCACCAAAGUUCAACAGUAACAAUCUCCUGAAAGUCACACUGUCCUGAGCCGCCUUCGUUUUCUCAUCAGGAAUGAAUCAGUGGUUGGGGGUCCUUCGGUUAGGGAGGAAAAGUGUUACGGUUUGAGGUUGUUUUCAUACAUGGAUAACUCUGUUUGUGAUCUUCAUGGUUUGUGCCUUGUUCUGAAGUUGCAUUUAUUAUGUCAAAGGUUUUAAAAAAAGAAAAAUGACUAGUAAUAAUAAUUAUACGGCCUGUCACAACCUCAUUUAUGUUUUGCAUCCUGCUUUAGUAAAUACGAAAGGGAGAUUUUAGGAUGUUAGUUUGAAAACAAAUGUGCAUUUAUUCAUCAUGCCAUUUUUCUUUUUUGUUACAGUACGGUUUGUGUUAAAUGGCUAAUCAUUGAUGUUUGCGAGGUCUGAAGAUGGGAGAUGUUUUGCAGGGGGGGUUCGGUUGAAUUAACAAUACUGGAGCGUUCUGUCUCUUGACAUAUCCAUCUUCAGGAGUGGCUGUGAUAAGUGGACUAUUCAAGUGUGUGCUGGAUGAAAUUCAACUCAAUGUCCCUGAAAUGCAUUUAUCAGUCUCUUUUCUCCUUUUUUUUCUAUUUUAUCAUUCACAAUGUACCAUACUUGUUUUCAUGUUAAUUAGAAGUUUCUUACAUGCUAACAUUGUUUUGUUUGAGCAAAUGAAAUAAAACUUGCAAUACAUUA